UAAUGUGAGCGGAAGUCUUGCCUUGUCAACAAGUUGUGUGUUGUGUGAAAACGUUAUAGAGAGAAUCUGCACAUUGAUCAGCCCGCAGGUGAAUAAAUGUAGAUGUGAGGGCUGAUUCGCUUCUUACAGUCAUGAACGGAAGCUGUAAUGCGGUGCUGGAUAAAGAGGAACAUGUUUUAAAUCUUGGAGAGAGCUUCGAGAAAAGAGCCAAAUCCUCGUUCCACACCAUCAGAUAUGAUUUUAAGCCGGCUUCGAUCGACACGUCGUGCGAAGGAGAGUUGCAAGUGGGAAAAGGAGACGAGGUCACCAUCACGCUGCCACACAUACCAGGUUCGACGCCUCCAAUGACCGUCUUCAAAGGCAACAAGCGACCGUAUCAGAAAGACUGCGUCCUGAUCAUCAACCACGACACGGGCGAGUUUGUCCUGGAGAAGCUGAGCAGCAGCAUUCAGGUCAAGAAAACCAGAGCUGAGGGCAGCAGUAAGAUCCAGGCUCGGAUUGAGCAACAGUCAGUGAGAGCCAGUCAGCCUGCGUCUCAAUUCCGAACGCCCAAUAAACCCAGCAGCGGCGUGAAGACGUCCCCGAGUAAAGACAACCCGUCUCCUGAACCACAGCUAGACGACAUCAAGAGAGAGCUGCGGGCAGAGGUGGAGAUCAUAGAGCAGAUGAGCAGCAGUGGCAGCAGCAGCUCAGACUCGGGCAGUUGUUCAGGCAGCGGAGACGACGACAGUUCCAGCAGUGAUGGAGAGCAGGAGAGCGCAAACCUCCAUCUGUCCCCCAGCCGAGAGCCUCCGAGCAACGGCACAGAAAAAUCACAGGGUAACAACCAGCUGAUAAACACGUUGAGAAACGAUCUACAGCUGAGUGAAUCAGGCAGCGACAGCGACGAUGAUUGACGUCUUUCCAUCAUCCCUCGCUCAACACUCUUCUCUUUGUCGUGACAGCCAGUUUUGUCCCACCCCUUAUAUGCAUAUAUAUAUUUUUAUUAGAUUAUUUUUAUUUUAUUAACAUGUAUUUUAAGGCUUGUUACAGGGAAAAUGCAUCUUGUGAAAAACAAAGAUGUUGGUAUCAUUGCUGUGUGUUUAAAUAGUUUGGCUUGUUUUUGACCGAAUUCGGGUUACACUCUGUAUUUCGGUUCUGAUGUCAUGCUAACAUCAUACUCUUUCAGUCCGUUCAGGAUUUCUUGCAAAAUAAAAUAAAAAACUACUAGAAUUGGUGAAAUCACAAACACAUGAUUCACCUUUAACACCCGUAGUGACUUUCUAUGAGAGCUGCACUCGUGUUUGACACACGUGAGUGAACCAUGGCUUGUGAUGACGUCAUAUAUGUGAUUGUUCACUGCUUUUGUAACUCACGUUUAUCAGGUGGAAGAUACUCUUCAGAUCCUGUGUGCGUGUGUAUAUUUUGCAUUCAUCAGUUUUCCACUGGACACAGUGAAUGAACAUAAAUGUGGAGUAGCGAACAAACUGGGAGAAUUAAAAAUCCGUUAUGGAUUGUGGGGUAGCGAGUUUACGUACGUUUCCGACGAUAACGAAAAACGAAUAACUGCACGGAUGCGUGUCAGUAAUCGCCGCUGUAAAUAAACCAAUUUAUUUUAGAAUUUAUUUUAGAAUUUUAGAAUUUAUUUUCAGAAAAACAUUGAAAUCAGAAUCUGUUUUUGGAAUAAACGUGACAAUUUUUCAGGUUGAAACAGACGAUAUGAAGGGAUAAAUUCACAACGUAUGUAGUGGAUUUUUAGUCCGGGUUUUUUUUUGUUUUGUGCUUUACCACCACCGUGCUGUGAACCGAACUAAGAUCUGCAAUGAUUCGUCCUCGCUGUUCCUCUGCACUUAUCAAGUUUAUCUGAAGCUGCUUAGGUCAAAAAAAGGUCACAUGACAUGACGAUUGCUUCUUCUGUAAAAACAGAGAAGGAAAUGUUGUAUGACUUGAACAGUGUAAUGUAAAAAAAAAUGUAUUUUAGCAUUUAUUUUAGCUUUGUGUAUAGAUUUUUGAUUGCGUUUCACCCAGUCCUAAGAGUGAAGGACAGUAUUUUGACAUAUAAAUGCCUUUUGCUCUUCAUGUUUUACGUUCAUUUGGAAUGUUCUUUGUUAUUGGAGCAAUAAAGAGUUGUUUUCUGAAA